GUGACGGCCUCUGCCGGGCACCGCCUGCGAGGCCUUCUUGGGGUGGAGUAGCAGCCAUAGCCGGGGCACCAUGAAGCUGAUCAAAAGGGACUCCCGAACCAAAACCCCCCCGGAGAAGAAGCGGACCAAGGUGUCCGAGCUGCCCACACCGCCCAUCCCAGAAGUACCUGAGCCCAUCAGCAACAUCCUGCAAGGAGAUGAAAUCGAGGCGCUGGCCAUUAAAGAGGAGGACUUGAAAAAGCUGCACGCUCCACGCCCUUGUGCAGGGGAGGAGAAAGCUCCUGUCACUCGCCAAGUUCUCAUCCGGAAGCCCCGACCCCAAGAGGCUGGAAGGAAGACCCACUACUUAGUGGCUUAUCCUACUGCUUUGGAUGCCUCCACCAAGCCUCCCGCUUAUUCUGGGCCAGAAGUUUCCAGUUUCAACAGCGGCAGCAGCAGCGGACAGAUCCAGCCCCACAACAUUUUGGGAAGUCUCCAGGACUUCAAGAGAAUAGCAUUGGCCAGAGGAAACACAAAGCUGGCAGAAAUGAUCUCUGAGCCCCCAUCAUUGGGCAGCCUAAUCCUGACCCCGGAGAAGAUGAGCUCGAAAAGGGGGAAGAAGGCCGAGUUCCGGUCGCUCCCAACUCAACACAGGGCUCUGCAGAACUGGCAGCGCAACAUGGCUUUGAGGAGGAAGCAGCAGGACGCCCUGUGUAAGCGCUUGGGAAAGCCAGCCAAUGAGCUGUUGCUGACCAUAUCGGAGGAUCACAGACGUGUCCAGGAAGAACGUGACUUGAUUGACCGCUGCCUUCCUGCUCUGCAUCCAGGAAAGGGCUACCGCGUGGGCAGUGAAUUCUGGAACCAGCCUGAGUAUAUUGGCGAUGAACUUACAGGCAUGGUGAUUACGCAGACUCAGAAGGAACGGGGUUACCCAGAGCCAGUCACUCAUGUGGGGAAACCCCUGAGUAUCCAGGCAGAGGCAGGAUCGCAGAAUCUGCAGGAGCCUUCGUUCCGGUACUCGUGGGAUAAGAGUCUCUUCUUGACCUACCGUCGCCAGGAGCUGCGACAGAUCCUAGCAGAGCUCGAUUUUCACCAGCCGGACAUCGAUAGGCUGGAAGUGAUUGGCAGAGGGCAGUCUUUCUCAUCAGUUUCCACACAGUGCUUCUCAGAGUGUGAAAAAGACAAUGGAGACGCCUGUGGAGGAGUGUGCUCAGACCCUGUGGAGUCCCACGAGGAUGUGACUCCCGUGCCCGUGAUUGGACCUUCCUUAAGGUUCUGUGGGAAGCCGGCCCGCUGGGUCAACAGCACCGCGGGCAAGGGUCAGAUUGGCAUUGCUUCUCGGAUCACCUUCGAGGCCCUGGCUGGUGAGAAAGUGACCUCUUCCCUGACGGUGAGUAACGAUGGCACUGCGGCUGUGUGGUAUGACUGGCUGCGGCUGUCCCAGCCCAACAGAUUCGAGAACCUCAGGGACAGCGACCAGCAGCGGUUUUAUUUCAACACCAGGGCUGGGGUUAUUCUGCCCGGAGAAACCAAGGACUUCCUCUUCCUCUUCAAGUCUCCGAAUGCCGGCAUUUUCCAGGAGUCUUGGGAGUUUAGGACCCACCCCACUCUGUUGGGAGGUGCUGUACUGCAGGUCACUCUCUGGGGGAUUGCUCUAUACCAGGAUCUUAUGUUUGAGGCCCGAGAGAUGCUGGAGGCCAAGCUGGCCACCCAGGAGGCCACCGUCAUUGUGCAAGAGAUGCUGAAUGAACUGCUGGGGGGCAUCUGGUCCCCUGAGCGAGCCCCAUCCCCAGUGGAUGCCUAUCUCACUGAGGAAGAUGUGUUCUGCUACAAGAACCCUCAGUUGCACUAUCAGUACCAGGUGGUGAGAGACCUCCAUGAACUCUGGAACCAGUACAUGGCACUACCCCUCAAGGAGGAGGAAGUGGUAGUGGAAGAGGAGCCCCCGGGCCAGGCAAGCUCUAAGGAAGAAGAGCUCUCCUUCCAGAAGAGCUCGUUCGGAGAAAUCGUCCCCCAGAAGAGUCUGGAGGAAGAGAUCGUGCAGCAGCAGAGGAGCUCUGUGGACAAUAUCCGCCUACAGAGGAGCUCCGUGGGCUUCACUGACUGGCAGAGGACCUCCUUGGGAGACGUCCACUGGCAGAGGAGCUCCUUGGCCGAAGUCCACUGGCAGAGGAGCUCCUUGGUUGAUGCCCACUGGCAGAGGAACUCUGAGAGUAUUGUCCACUGCCAUAGGAGUUCCUUCAUCGGGGAGGAGACAGUGGUGACAAAGAGCUUUUCAGAGGGAGAGAUCCCAAAGAGCACAGGAGAGGAGGAGGAGCUCACCCAUCUUAAGUGGAACCUGUGCUUUGAGGAUUUCAAGCAGGCGAUAAUGGGACUGUCCUCCGAGGAUCAGCGCGAGGAUGCCCUGAAGAGGCUCAACAAGGGAGCCCUAGAGCUGUGCUUGGAGCAGAAGCCGGCACAGUGGGACCUGCUGCACCAGAUGUGUCUCCAGCUUUGGCGGGAGGUGAUAGACGGUCUGGUGAGCCGGGACCUCUGGCUGAGGUCAUUGCUGGGCAUGCCGGAGAAGGACACUUUCAUGGCAGAGUUGGCAGUGCCAGAGGAACCAGUUGACUCAAAGGCAUCAGGGAAAGGUGGCAAAGAGGAGCGGAAAGCUGGGACUCCAGAGAAGAGAACCCCCACUGGCAAGGACAAAGAGGACAGAAAGGGAACGGCAAAACCAGGGAAAGAGGAGCGAGCAAACAGCAAGAAGCUUAAAGCAAAGGAAGAAAAAAGGUAUACCAGAUCCCUAAGCCGGGAGUUAAAGGAGAAAAUGCCUGUGGAGGAAAGGGUCAUCACCCCGGAGCACGUGAGCUCACCCCUGGAGCCAGUGGACCCUCUGGUGCAAAAGAAAUACCAACAGAGGCUUUACAUGGAGGUCUACGGGCUGGUGGAGUCCCUGGUGAAUAACUUGGUGCUCCUGGCUGAAGAGAUCAGGAGGAAAGCGGCCAGGCAGCAGUAGCUGCUGCCACCCUCUCUCUGCCUGCCUGCCAGUCUACCUGCCCUCUGACUCUGAGUAGACCUUUUUAAAGAAAUAAACUUGCGGCUUCUACUGUG